AUGAAAAGAGAUAUAUUAACAUUUUCUAGCUUAGUUCAUGCGGAAUCUUAUGCUAAAGUUUAUCUUAAUAAUAAAGAGGUUGGUGAAAUUAAUGAUGAAAGUAAUACAGAGUCAGAAAAACAAUUAAAUAAAUUAAUUGAAGAAUUAGUUAAAACUUUUAAAAAAUUUGAUCAUGCAACAGAAGCAUUUAGUGCUAAAAAGUACUCUACAAUAUUAAUUAUAUAUCCUAUUAUUAAACUCCUAAAAUUUGAAUUUGCAAUAAAUUUAAAUCCUCCUUUGCUCUUAUCUUCAGAAUCAAAUAUAGACAGUGAUAGUGAAGAUGAAGAGGAUUAUACUCAAGAUAUCUUUAAUAUUCAAUUAACAAUUGCUCAAGUUAAAUCCAAGGCUCAAGAAAAUGCACCUUUGGUCUGA